GCCUCAUGAAGCCCCGAAGAAGAGCCUGUUGAGGAAGCUCUGUGAUAGCCCUUUUACAUACCGAUUCAAACAACUUUUGCUUCUGCGUUCAGGGGCGAGUUCAUACAAUGGGACCAGAAGAUGUUGUGCUUUUGCUGUCCAUGUUAAUGGUUUCCUAUUGUCAAGACGAUAUGGUGCAGAUACAUGGCGGUAGCUUCAAGAUGGGUACCGACGCAGCUGACGGAAGAGAUGGAGAAUCCCCCGUGAGAAGUGUGAUAGUGAAACCUUUUAAACUAGAUAUAUAUCCAGUCACCAACAGCAAUUUCAGGAAAUUCGUCAAGGAGCAAAAGUAUAAAACAGAAGCAGAGACGUUUGGAUGGAGUUUUGUGUUUCAGGACUUUGUGUCAGAAGAGACAAAGGGGAAAGUGACAGAGAAAAUUGAGUCAGCACCUUGGUGGCUACCUGUGGAGAGAGCCUACUGGAGACAGCCAGUUGGCCCAGGCUCUGGUAUCAUGGAGCGUCUGGAUCACCCGGUGGUGCAGGUGAGCUGGAACGAUGCCCAGGCCUACUGCCGCUGGAGGGGGCGAAGGCUGCCCACGGAGGAGGAGUGGGAGUACGCCGCCCGCGCUGGGCUUGACGGGAGGACUUACCCAUGGGGCAACAAAUUCAUGUCGAAUCGGACCAACCUGUGGCAGGGGGCAUUUCCAGAUGGGGACCUAGUGGAGGAUGGUUACCAUGGCCUCUCACCCGUCACCGCCUUCAUCCCCCAGAACAGCUACGGCCUGUAUGACAUGUUGGGGAAUGCGUGGGAGUGGACGUCUUCGCGUUUCCCUGGAGGUCAGCAGAUGUACGUGUUGCGUGGGGCCUCUUGGAUCGACACUACUGAUGGAUCGGCCAAUCACAAAGCUCGAGUGACAACCAGAAUGGGGAACACUCCAGACUCUGCCUCCGACAACUUGAGUUUCCGAUGUGCCGCAGAUGACUCAACACCAUCACCCCAGAAGAAAAAGAAGAAGCAGAGUAAUGAACUGUGAAGCCUGAAUGGACUUUAAAUAAAAGACACAAAAU